GAGGGAGGGAAGCAGAUAAGCCAGCCCCUCUCUCCAGUCUAGGCCUCGGGUUGAGACCGGCAACCCCUGACCCUCCCGCGUCCCAGCUCAGCACCCUCCUCCCCAAUUCCCAGCGCCAAUCUGCCCCGGGAUCCGGCGCUGAGACCUGCGCCCACGCCCCGCCGAGAGUCCCUCCUCCUUCUCCUCCCUCACUCCAAUCUUUCCACUUGCGCCUAGCCCGGGGCCGCUGCUGGCCCCGAUCUCCCUGCUGCCGUCCCGGAGGUAGAGGCGUCCCAGGCUUCUUCUGGGACCCAGUCUGGACUGGCUCCAGAGCCAGAAUGGCUAUCCCCCAGGCCCUCCUAUCCUGCCUGGGUGUCUUGCUGCUACUUCUCCCCAGGAAUCAAGCCCAGGUCCAUGCCCCACCUGGGUGCAGCCCAGACCUCAACCCCCUCUACUACAAUCUGUGUGACCGCUCAGGGGCUUGGGGUAUUGUCCUGGAGGCUUUGGCAGGGGCUGGGGUUAUCUCUACCUUUGUCCUCACCAUCAUCCUGGUGGCCAGCCUUCCUUUUGUGCAGGACAGCAAGAAACGGAGCCUGCUAGGGACCCAGGUGUUCUUCCUGCUGGGGACUCUGGGCCUCUUCUGCCUGGUGUUUGCUUGUGUGGUCAAGCCUGAUUUCUCCACUUGUGCCUCAAGGCGUUUUCUCUUUGGUGUCCUUUUUGGCAUCUGUUUCUCCUGUCUCAGUGCCCAUGUCUUCGCCCUCAACUUCCUGGCUCGGAAGAACCAGGGCCCUCGGGGCUGGGUAAUCUUUGCUGUGGCUCUGCUGCUGGCCCUGGUGGAGGUUAUCAUCAACACAGAGUGGCUGAUCAUUACACUGGUCAGGGGUGGGCAUGGAGGGGGAGGCGUUCUUCAUGGCAACAGCAGUACCAGCUGGGGUGAGGCAUCCCCCUGUGCCAUUGCCAAUAUGGACUUCGUCAUGGCCCUCAUAUAUGUUAUGCUCCUGCUGUUGACUGCUUUUGUCGGGGCUUGGCCCAUCCUCUGUGGCCGCUUCAAGCGUUGGCGGAAACACGGGGUGUUUGUGCUGCUGACCACGGCCACUUCCAUUGCUAUCUGGGUGGUAUGGAUUGUUAUGUACACCUAUGGCAACGAACAGCGGAACAGUCCUACCUGGGAUGACCCCACCUUGGCCAUAGCCUUGGCUGCCAAUGCCUGGGCUUUUGUUCUCUUUUAUAUAAUCCCAGAAGUCUCCCAGGUGACCAAGGCCAGUCCAGAACAGAGCUACCAGGGGGAUAUCUAUCCCACCCGGGGCGUGGGCUAUGAAACCAUUCUGAAGGAGAAGGGACAGAGCAUGUUUGUGGAAAACAAGGCUUUCUCAAUGGAUGAGCCAUCCUCAGCCAAGAGACCUGUGUCACCGUACAGCGGAUACAAUGGCCAACUGCUGACAAGUGUAUACCAGCCAACUGAGAUGGCCCUGAUGCACAAAGGCCUGUCUGAAGGGCCCUAUGAUGUCAUCCUCCCACGGGCCACUGCCAACAGCAGCCAGGUGAUGGGCAGUGCCAACUCGACCCUUCGGGCUGAAGAUGUAUAUGCCACCCAGAGCCACCAGGCAGCAUCACAGAAGGAUGUCAAGAAUGCGCAGGCUAUGCAGGACCCAACACCUUUCCAGGCCUUGUAAUGCAAACUAGGAGGGACCCCGGAUUCAGCAGAUCUGAAGCAGUGGACUUAGGCGGGCGUGAUGGAUGUCUGAUCUGAGAAAAAGCAGGACUCACUUCCCUAUAUCCCUUUUUUACCUGUCUCUGGGCUUCCCUGUCUGCCAGGGAGCUACGGGCCAUAAGGAUCAGUCCCAGCUCUCCCUCCCUCCCACCCUCCUACUCCCCAAAGACACAAUCCCGUCUGGAGCUACUCCUAGCUCUUCAGAAUGAAGGAAGGAUCCCAGAAUGAAGGAAGGAUCCCUGUGGUUGCCUUUCCUCUAGGUUACCUUUGCCACUGUGAGCUGACAUCUCAGGUACCUCUUUUCUUCUUGGGCCCACAUCAUGGGACCAUACUGAUGUAGCCAUGCCCCUUGCUGCCCACUCCAACCCUCUCUCCUUCCACAGACCAUUUUCUCUGGAAGGGUCAGCCUCCUGGAAUUGUCCUGAGAUGGAGGUGACCCUGCAGGUAGGUAGUUUAAGCCCUGCUCCCCUGGGUUUGCUAUCCAAGAGGGUGAAUGGUUGCCAUUUGAAUGGAAGGAAGCAAAUGACCAGGGGUGAAAGGCUUCCUGGGCAGGAAGCAGGCCUCUUGGCUAACAUCCUCCUGGAGAAGUGACAUUUUUUUUCUGCUGUAAGUGAUGCUCCUUGGGCCAUGGUUCCUGGAUCUGAGCCAUUUCAGUGCAGCGGCGUUCACUCCCCCCACCUACAUUCUCUGCCACUAGUUUUCUGUAUCAGAUUCACACCCCUGGGCCAUGAGACCUUGAGCACUCUGGCCUCCUCACUACUUCAUCAGAGGGGAUGCUGACUACACAGACUGUCCUACUUGGAAGCUCGACACCCUGCCUCCCUAGCCCCCUCUGCCUCUUCCUGGGAAACUUGGCCAAGAAGGGUAGGGAAUUUGCAGGGCUUGGCUGCCUUGAACGAUGCAGAGAUGCUGUUUGGACGCCCAUUGGCUUUCCUUUCUGUGAAGUUUUCCCCCUUGUAUCCUCUUUUACUUUGUCCUGGAAUCCUGGUCAGUGUAAAUGACCAGGACUCCCAACUGGAACACACAGGAGACAGGAAGCAACAGGAAGGACUGAUUAAUUGGACAUCCCUGGACUAAGGCUGGAAGAGGGUCCUUAAGAGACACCCAGAUGAAAGAAGGAGCCUUGUGUGCUCCCUGGACCAGAAUGGGAUAGGGACCAGAACGCGGGCUCAGGGCAUUUGAAAAUGGACUCUUUGUACUUAAAAGGUCUAGAAUAUACUUUUACUUCCUACUGGUCAGAUAUCAAAGGUCCCUGCCCCCUCCAAUUUGCCCUUAUGUUGUGUGUCCACUGGGGGAAUCAGGAGUUAUUUAUUUUGAAAUACAAGUUCCCACCCAGAGAAGGGGAGUGGGGUCAAGGGGCUUACUGUCAAAUGGUCACCUAGGAAAUAGUCCAAUCAACCCAAAGAAGAUACAAAAGGAGUCAUCUUUGCCAUCUUUGUUGGCAGAGAUCCUGCCCCAGUGAAGGUUUCCCUGUGAAACCAAAAGGAGUUUGUACCCUUAGCAUCCCCACUCUGACCUAGCCUCAACUGCCCAGAAUAGGGCUUAGCUAUGGGUGCUAGCAGGUGCAGCAAGUUACUCUCACGUUACCCAAGUACUUUUCUAGGCAAACAGUAUUUUUCUGGGGCUAAGCUUAAUGAACUUAAUAGUAUGGGGGCAAGGAGGUAAGCAAAGGGCGGAUGGACCAAGAACACAAGAGGAAGCCCGUGAUUUGGAUCUGUACCUGCUGGAUGUGACCUGCUGUGCCUUCACCCUGUUUUACCUGUAACCUGGGUAUUACUUCCUCUCCAUGGGAAGGAUUGGGUUUGGGAUUGAAAGGUCUCCUUGUUCUGCCCCAAGUUUCCUCGAUCUUGGUUAGCCCCCCAAAGAUCCCUUUGAGUGAAUAAAGUUUUAAUAUGUUUUGUAUAA